AUGUGUACAGGAGAGUCGCACACCGAGACAUGCAAGGCGGUGACGCCCAAACAACCAUCGCCGAAUCUUGCGGGCUUGUUUGUGGACUCACAUUGCCACCCUACGGACGAUCCGGUAGCGUACACUGCGUUGAAUUUAGACGAUCUUAGCGAUCGCAUUAGCAAUUCAACCGUUGGACGACUAGUAUGCAUGUCAACAAAUGCGAGAGACCAGAACAUGGUCGCAGAGCUAGCCUCACGGCAUCCGGACAAAGUGACGCCCUGCUUUGGGUGGCAUCCCUGGUUUGCCCAUCAGAUCUCGCUCUCCGACCCGGCGCCAAGCAAAGAGAAACACUACCACGAACUUUUUGGCAUUCUUGACACUUGGUCAGUCGAGCAUCAUCCGGCCAAAGAAGAGCUCGACUCGAUAUGGGAUCAGUUGUCGGAGCCAAUAUCGCUUAGCAGCGUCUGCCAAGGAAUUCGCGGACAAUUUGACCGGUUUCCCAACGCACUGUUGGGCGAAGUCGGAAUAGACCGAGCGUUCAGAAUACCUCGGCGAGCAUGGAACUAUGAUCCACAAAGAGCAGAGCUCAAAACAGCCGUCCCGAAGUUGACCAGGCUCAAGACACCACAGGCGCAUCAGUUGUCGGUCUUGCGAGCACAGAUCGACGUUGCCCUGGCCUACCGACGCAACAUCUCGCUUCACUCUGUUCAAGCAGCAGGUCUCACAGUAGACCUUCUGGCAUCUCUGCGAAAUGAAAACAUAUCCGCCUUCGGCGCCGUGCGGGUUUCACUCCAUUCUUGUACGCUCGACAACAAUGUGGUGCGAUCCGUCACGAAGAAGCAUGCCAACGUCUACGUUGGCUUUUCUUCGACCAUCAACCGCAAGCAGAUCGAAGCACGCGAAUGCUUGGCGAGCGUCGAUCGUAGUCGUGCCUUGAUGGAAAGCGACUAUCACACGGUGAGUGCGAUUCCAGGCUACCUGCUCGAGGCCGUCGAUUACUUUGCUCAACUGCAUGAUCUGAGCACGGAAGCGGCUGCACAGCAGCUGCGCGCUAAUUGGGACACCUUCUAUUCAGGCAGCCCACUGGCGGAAGAGUCGGACGACUCAGACUAA